UGUGGCGGGCCCUGCGUCCGGCCCCGGCGCGGCGAGGCUCCGGCGACGCGGGGCGCUGGUUGCGGUUGGGUGCGUGGACGGAGGGUGCACCGCCCAGCCGGGCUCGCGGGGCGGGAGACUGUCCGCGGCCGGAGGGGCCUGGGAGUCGCGGGUUUUGCCCUGCCUUGAGGCCGGCUCUGGACGGCCGUGCACUGUCCCCGCUGGUGCCGAGGACUGGACCGGCGUGAUCCUGAGAGCCGGGUCCCAACCGCGCUUCGGGAGCCGGGCCUGGCGCCCCAGGCCCCCCGGGAGCUCCGAGGUGGGGACUCGGAAGAGGGCCAAGACCCGCGUCUUGUAGCAUCUCAGCCAAGCGAAAGCUGGCAGGCUGACAGGCGCCUCAGGACGGACUUCCUGGCUACCGACCGUUUUGCUGUCACUGACCUGGACUGUGCGUGGGCAGGAGACCAGCCAUGAGCUCCGUCGCAGUUCUGACCCAGGAGAGCUUUGCCGAACACCGAAGUGGGCUGGUUCCGCAGCAGAUCAAAGUUGCCACUUUAAAUUCAGAAGAGGAGAGCGACCCUCCAACCUACAAGGAUGCCUUCCCUCCACUUCCCGAGAAAGCAGCGUGCUUGGAUGGUGCCCAGGAGCCUGCAGGAGCAUGGAGUAACAAGAUCCGGCCCAUCAAGGCCUCUGUUAUCACUCAGGUAUUCCAUGUCCCCCUGGAGGAGAGGAAAUACAAGGACAUGAACCAGUUUGGUGAAGGUGAGCAAGCCAAGAUCUGCCUGGAGAUCAUGCAGAGGACCGGGGCUCACUUGGAGCUCUCUCUGGCCAAAGACCAAGGCCUGUCCAUCAUGGUCUCGGGGAAGCUGGACGCUGUCAUGAAAGCUCGAAAGGACAUUGUCGCCAGACUGCAGACCCAGGCCUCAGCAACCGUUACCAUCCCUAAAGAACACCAUCGCUUUGUUAUUGGCAAAAAUGGAGAGAAAUUGCAAGACCUGGAGCUAAAAACUGCAACCAAAAUCCAGAUCCCACGCCCUGAUGACCCCAGCAAUCAGAUCAAGAUCACUGGCACCAAAGAGGGCAUUGAGAAGGCCCGCCAUGAAGUCCUGCUCAUCUCUGCCGAGCAGGACAAGCGCGCAGUGGAGAGGCUGGAGGUGGAAAAGGCCUUUCACCCCUUCAUUGCCGGGCCCUACAACAGACUGGUGGGCGAGAUCAUGCAGGAGACGGGCACACGCAUCAACAUCCCUCCACCCAGCGUCAACCGCUCCGAGAUUGUCUUCACUGGGGAGAAGGAGCAGUUGGCCCAAGCUGUGGCUCGCAUCCGGAAGAUUUAUGAGGAAAAGAAAAAGAAGACCACAACCAUCGCGGUGGAGGUAAAAAAGUCGCAGCACAAGUACGUCAUCGGCCCGAAGGGCAACUCGCUGCAGGAGAUCCUGGAGAGAACUGGAGUUUCUGUCGAGAUCCCCCCUUCAGACAGCGUCUCCGAGACGGUGAUUCUUCGCGGCGAGCCUGAGAAGUUGGGGCAGGCGCUGACAGAAGUGUAUGCCAAGGCCAACAGCUUCACGGUCUCCUCUGUCUCUGCCCCUUCCUGGCUUCACCGUUUCAUCAUUGGCAAGAAAGGGCAGAACCUGGCCAAGAUUACUCAGCAGAUGCCAAAGGUUCACAUUGAGUUCACGGAAGGGGAGGACAAGAUCACUCUGGAAGGCCCCACGGAGGAUGUCAGCGUGGCCCAGGAGCAGAUCGAAGGCAUGGUCAAAGAUUUGGUCAACCGGAUGGACUAUGUGGAGAUCAGCAUCGACCACAAGUUCCACAGGCACCUCAUUGGCAAGAGCGGGGCCAACAUUAACAGAAUCAAAGACCAGUACAAGGUGUCCGUGCGCAUCCCUCCCGACAGUGAGAAGAGCAACCUGAUCCGCAUUGAGGGAGACCCGCAGGGCGUGCAGCAGGCUAAGCGGGAGCUGCUGGAGCUUGCCUCUCGCAUGGAAAAUGAGCGAACCAAGGAUCUAAUCAUUGAGCAGAGAUUUCAUCGCACAAUCAUUGGGCAGAAGGGAGAGCGGAUCCGUGAAAUUCGUGACAAAUUCCCAGAGGUUAUCAUCAACUUUCCAGACCCAGCACAAAAAAGUGACAUCGUUCAACUCAGAGGGCCCAAGAACGAGGUGGAGAAGUGCACCAAGUACAUGCAGAAGAUGGUGGCGGAUCUGGUGGAAAACAGCUAUUCGAUUUCUGUUCCGAUCUUCAAGCAGUUCCACAAGAACAUCAUUGGCAAAGGAGGUGCAAACAUCAAGAAGAUUCGCGAGGAGAGCAACACCAAGAUUGACCUUCCCGCAGAGAACAGCAACUCCGAGACCAUCGUCAUCACGGGCAAGCGUGCCAACUGUGAAGCUGCCCGCAGUCGGAUCCUGUCCAUCCAGAAAGACCUGGCCAACAUAGCCGAGGUGGAAGUCUCCAUCCCGGCCAAGCUGCACAACUCCCUCAUCGGCACUAAGGGCCGCCUGAUCCGCUCCAUCAUGGAGGAGUGCGGUGGUGUCCACAUCCACUUCCCCGUGGAAGGCUCUGGCAGCGACACGGUUGUCAUCAGGGGCCCUUCCUCAGACGUAGAGAAGGCCAGGAAGCAGCUGCUGCACCUGGCCGAGGAGAAGCAAACAAAGAGCUUCACGGUUGACAUCCGCGCCAAGCCGGAAUACCACAAGUUCCUCAUUGGCAAAGGUGGUGGCAAAAUCCGCAAGGUGCGUGACAGCACUGGAGCCCGCAUCAUCUUCCCUGCGGCCGAGGACAAGGACCAGGACCUGAUCACCAUCAUCGGGAAGGAGGAUGCCGUGCGGGAGGCUCAGAAGGAGCUGGAGGCGCUGAUCGAGAGCCUGGACAACGUGGUGGAAGAGCACAUGCUGGUGGACCCCAGGCACCACCGCCACUUCGUCAUCCGCAGAGGCCAGGUCCUGCGGGAGAUAGCUGAAGAGUACGGCGGGGUGAUGGUCAGCUUCCCGCGCUCCGGCACGCAGAGCGACAAAGUCACCCUCAAGGGCGCCAAGGACUGCGUGGAGGCGGCCAAGAGGCGCAUCCAGGAGAUCAUUGAGGACCUGGAGGCCCAGGUGACACUCGAGUGUGCCAUACCCCAGAAGUUCCACCGGGCUGUCAUGGGCCCCAAGGGCUCCAGAAUCCAACAGAUCACUCGGGAUUACAACGUUCAAAUUAAGUUCCCUGAUAGAGAGGAGAACCCAGUUCACAGCAUGGAGCCAGCCGUCCAGGAGAACGGUGAAGAGUCUGGGGAGGGGAGAGACACCAGGGAGGCAGAGCCUGGCUCUCCGCGGAGGUGCGACAUCAUCACCAUCUCCGGCCGGAAGGAGAAGUGUGAGGCGGCCAAGGAAGCCCUAGAGGCACUGGUUCCUGUCACCAUCGAAGUAGAGGUACCCUUUGACCUCCAUCGCUACAUCAUUGGGCAGAAGGGCAGCGGGAUCCGCAAGAUGAUGGACGAGUUUGAGGUGAACAUCCACGUUCCGGCACCUGAGCUGCAGUCUGACAUCAUCGCCAUCACUGGCCUUGCCGCAAACCUAGACCGGGCCAAGGCGGGGCUCCUGGAGCGGGUGAAGGAGCUGCAGGCCGAGCAGGAGGACCGCGCCUUAAGGAGCUUUAAGCUGAGCAUCACUGUAGAUCCCAAAUAUCAUCCCAAAAUUAUUGGGAGAAAGGGGGCCGUGAUCACGCAGAUCCGCUUGGAGCAUGAUGUGAACAUCCAGUUUCCUGACAAGGAUGACGGCACCCAGCCCCAGGACCAAAUCACCAUCACAGGGUACGAAAAAAAUACUGAAGCUGCCCGGGACGCUAUCUUGAAAAUUGUGGGCGAACUUGAGCAGAUGGUUUCCGAGGAUGUCCCCCUGGACCACCGCGUCCAUGCCCGCAUCAUCGGCGCGCGUGGCAAAGCCAUCCGCAAGAUCAUGGAUGAGUUCAAGGUGGACAUCCGUUUCCCGCAGAGUGGAGCCCCAGACCCCAACUGUGUCACUGUGACAGGGCUGCCUGAGAACGUGGAAGAAGCCAUCGACCACAUCCUCAACCUGGAGGAGGAAUAUCUGGCAGACGUGGUGGACAGUGAGGCGCUCCAGGUGUACAUGAAGCCCCCCGCACACGAGGAGUCCAAGGCUCCGUCCAAAGGCUUUGUGGUGCGGGACGCUCCCUGGACCUCUGCCUCCAGUGAGAAGGCCCCCGAUAUGAGCAGCUCUGAGGAGUUCCCCAGCUUCGGGGCUCAGGUGGCCCCCAAGACCCUCCCGUGGGGCCCCAAACGAUAAUGAUCAAGCAGCAGAACGCUCUCCAGCCUGCUGAGCUGAACCACACGACGGUCAGCCUCGAUCUGGCCCAGCGGCUGGCCCCUCCGCCGUUGUUGGCGCUCUCCCUCCCCGAGGUCUCGCAGUGAAGCCUGGCGUGGCCCGGCCCCCAGCGGCCGCCUCUCCAGCCCGUCGGCGCCCAGUGUGUUCAAGAUCUGUUCUGGGACAGGCCUCUGCCGUCGCAAACACUAAACCAAGGUAAUCCUGGUCCACCCAGCAUGCCCGUCAGCACGCUGACCUUCAUCUCCGACAGCACCACACCUGUGGCUGGGAGUCGACUUCCUGUGUCAUGACCUCAGGAAAUAAAUGUCCUUGACUUUAUAAAACCCAA